AUCCCUGUUACCUCUACAUCCAAUCAUAAUUCGCCCUGCUUUCCUCUCAGCCAAUAGAAUCGCCGCAUGUUGUAGAAUGCCCGCCCCUCUGCUAGUCUGUCGCUGUCCUCUCCGGCGUUGUCAUCUCCAAACAUGUCCAACAUGUCCACACGGAGGACAUAAACCAUUCAAAACUGUCUGUUGGAUCCCGUCACGAUGAGCGGCGUUUGUAGAGAAGUCGUCACUCUUCAGCUCGGACAUUAUUCGAACUUUGUCGGGACUCACUGGUGGAAUUUACAGGAUGCGUCUUUAUCAUACGACCCGGAGACACCGCCUGGUGAGAUCCAGAGCGAUGUCAUGUUUCGUGAAGGUCAGACUCUGGGCGGACACGUCACCUACACGCCUCGCCUCAUUGCCAUGGAUCUCAAAGGAAGUCUACAGACUCUGCGACAGGAAGGACAUCUCUAUGACGCGGGCAAAGACACGUCUGCUGUCACAUGGGAGGGAAACCUGAGGAUGCACAAACAAAGUCCACCAGCAAAGAACAGCUUUCUAGAAGAGCUGGACAAGUUUGAUAAAGGAGAGUUUCUCACAGAGGUUGAUUUCUCCUCACAACCUCAGCGCUCAGCAAGUUCAGUGAGUGUGGACACGGUCAACAGUCACCUGGCUAAAGUGCAGAAGCACUACAGACUGGAGGGCAACGUGAAGGUGUGGUCCGAUUUCCUCAGGAUCCACCUUCACCCUCGCACCAUCUCUGUCAUCCACCAGUACAACCAUGACGGGGAGGCUCAUCGGCUUGAGGCGUUUGGUCAGGGAGAGUCUCUCCUGCAGGGGGCGCUGCUCGAGAACCUUGAGGACAGACUGCACUUCUUCAUCGAAGAGUGUGAUUAUCUUCAGGGUUUCCAGGUGUUGUGUGAUAUGGCCGAUGGCUUCGCCGGCCUGGGGUCAAAGGUCACAGAGAUGCUACAGGACUCGUAUGGUGGAAGAGGAAUCCUCACCUGGGGUUUAGCACCUGUCAGUCACCCAGACUCGACUCCAGUGAAGGACUUGUAUCACCUGCUGAACUGCACGUUAGCGACGGCCCACCUAGCCAAUCACAGCUCCUUCUUCUGUCCUCUGACUCUUCGUGGUGGACUCGGGAGACGACCCUCGUCCCCCACGACUUUCCCUCACCUCAAUUAUGACUCGUCACUGUGGUUUCACUCCAGCGCCGUCUUGGCUCUGGCCUUGGACGCUCUCACUGUGCCUUACAGGCUGAGAAACAACAGUGUCCCCAUGUGGCAGAUGGCCGAAACGCUGGCAGUUUCGGGCAGAAAGGUGGUGGCUGCGUACGGCGCGGUCCCCUUUCCCAUGACACACGGCAGCACUCUGCCCAACGCUCUGAGUGCCUGCUCAGACGCUCUGCCGUGGAAACCUCUGUCCGCCUGCUCUGAACUAGGCGAUGGUCGAUGCUACGGACAGUGGACGAUGCUCAGAGGCUACGAAGGACAGAGACUCAUCAGCUCUUUGACUCCAGGGACUAAACCUCCCACUCCCCUGCACAGUCUCUACAGCGGGGAAGAUGUCCUGUCGUCAUACAUCCAAUCUUUCUACCCUUCUUCUCCUCUUGCUCUGCAGCUGGUGUCCACUCCCAGUAGACUGACGCCACCUUUCCCUCAGAUUUUCAGUCCGUCCAUCAAUCCUCAAGGUUUCCUGCAGAAUCAGCCUCCUUUACCUUCCUCCUCUGUGGUUUCGUCCGUCCCCGUCAUGACGUCCCUCCAGUCGGGCCCAGCGCUCGGCUCAUGGCUGUCAGAGCUGCACGGUGGCGUCAGUGCGUUCGACCUCCGCCGCGUGGCCCCCAGCUUCCUGUCCCAGGGGCCCGAAAUAGCCGACUACGAGGAGGCCCUGGAGCAGCUGCGCAUCAUGGCCCGGUGUUACCGCGACGACGGUGGCGGGACGACGCGCUCUUCCUCCGAAGAGGAUGACGACUGAUGUUGCGACCUGCGCGUCUUCAGACAGACGAGGGCUGGAUUGCACAACAGGAAGAGAGGACAGUUUCUCUGAGGCUGAAAUAGAAGCAUGGGGAGCAAAGAUGAUACAUUUGUAUGGGGUGAGAUAACUUCACACAUACUCGGUUUGGAUUUAUUCAACAUGAAUACGAAUUGACAACCAUGGUAAUACAAUUCAAAAAGUUACAAGCAAAUAAAUACACAUGCGAAGUGCAA